UGUGUGAGCUGUGAUUGGUCACAGCUUGUCACAUGGUACAAGGCUGUUUUGAGUAGCCUUGGACCAUGUGAUCUCUGUGAUCAUUCACAUAUUUCACAAGUUGUAAGCAAUGAUAUCAGAAGUGACAUCUUGCUUACUACUAUUCAUGUGAUCACUGAUUAGCCAAUCAGUGAUCACAUGAUCGGGACCUCACACAGAGGUCCCGUACAGGAUUGGUGUUCCACUGUGUGAGGACACAGUGGGCACUGGAUCGUAGUGCCGCGCGCUCCCAGGGAGUGUGCACAGUCCAAAAUGGCAGGCGCCAUUUAUGAAUGGCAACCCGCUCCUGCACUACUUUCCCAGUCCAGCCCAUGGGGUAAAAGUGUCCGGACAGGAAGUGGUUAA